GUUGGAGCUAGGGUGACAUAAACAGCAGUGGGUGGGGCGGAUUACAGGAGGAAGUGAGAGUGUGAGCAGGGGCUGGGGCAGGGUGGAGUGAGGAAAGGCUGUGGGCUGUGUAAGGAGGAACUGGAGAGAGUGAGCGUUGCCUCUGGAGGGGCAAGGAGUGAGGGGGUGUCUGGGUGGAUAGGAGCUGAGGAGGAGGUAGGGAGUGAGGGGGUGUCUCUGGGGCAGAGAGUGACGAGUGUCUUGGAAGUAAGUAGGGGCCUUUAGGAGCAGGGAGUAAGAGUGUAUCUCAGGGAGUAGGGAGAGAGGUGAAGGAUGGGCCUGGUUGGGCUCGCUCUCGGGCUCCUGAUUGGCCUCCUAGUUGGGGUCCUUCCUACCGUGCUGGCCAUGAAGCUCGAGGAUACCUUUCGGAGCUCCACGCCCACCAACAACUUGCUUGUGGUGGGGGGCCUGCAGCGAGGCCGGGGCCUGGAACCCGAGCCUCGGGUGUACGUGGGGGCUGUCAAUGCGGUGUACCAGCUGGGGCCGGGCCUGCGGUUGCAGAGCCAGGUGAAGACGGGUCCUGUGAAUGACAGUGCCCUGUGCCACGCCUCGCAACUGCCCCAGAAUAACUGCGAGCAUCCCCGCCGCUUGACGGACAACUACAACAAGCUGCUGGAGGCUGACCGUGCCCAAGGCCUGCUGGUGGUCUGUGGAUCCGUCCACCAGGGCUUCUGCCAACUCCGGGCCUUGGUUAACAUCAGUCGCUUGGCGGUGCAGUUCCCGCCGGCAGCUGGCACAGACCUGGUCUUCCCCAGCAUGCUGUACGUGGCUGCCAACCACCCUCAGGCCUCCACCGUGGGCCUGGUCCUGCGAGGCCCUGGCGGUGGGUCGGAGCCUGGGAGUCGUUUACUGGUGGCUGCCACCUACACGGGCCUGGGCACCCGCUACUUCCCGACCAACAGCAGCCGCGAGGACCUGCGAUUCGAGAACACUCCGGAGAUCGCCAUCCGUGCCCUGGACACAGGCCGCCUCUCGCGGCUCUUCACCUACGACAUCAACCCGUCCGAGGACAACGUCUUCAAGAUCAAGUUUGAAGCCAAGGCCCGGAACCGGCUCAGUUUCGUCAGGGCCUUUGGCCACGGAGCCUACACCUACCUCGCCCUCAACAAUGACGCUAACUCGGGCAGCAAAGGCGGGCGCCCGCGUAGCCUGUUGGCCCGCAUUUGCGCCGGCGCCCGGGGCCCGAGAGGGACCGAGAGCCGCAAACUGACUGAGUCGUACAUCCAGCUGGGCCUGCAGUGCAGCUCAGACCUCUGGCUCUACAGCCGCCUGCUGUCGGUGUGGGCCGGGCCUGCUCAGAGCCUGUAUGGCCUGUUCGAGAGACCCGAGUCCAGGAGCGGGGACACAGCCCUCUGCCUGUUCAGCUUCCCGGACAUCGAACGGCGCAUCCGCGAGGCCCGCAGGAAGUGCUUCGAGGAGGACCACAGUCAAGAGGUGAUGGUGCUGGACAGCGUGAUCCAGGGGAGCGGCCCGGCCUGUGUUCGCCGGAACAUCACGCUGCAGAAUGAACAGUUGGACUGCGGAGCCGCUCACCUCCAGCAUCCCCUGUCCAUAACAAAGCCACUGACAGCCCGGCCCAUCUACACAGACAGAGGCCUCACCUCAGUGGCAGUAUCCAGUGUGAAUAACCACACAGUGGUGUUCCUGGGCACGGUCAGCGGGCAGCUGCUGAAGCUCAAUCUGCGCCGUAACCUGUCAAUCGGGAAGAGGGAACUGUUGCACCUGGCACCAGGCGAGGCUGUGCACCAUAUCAUGCACUUUGACCCUGCGGAUGAGAGUUACCUCUAUGUUAUGACAACAUACCAGGUUAGUCGGGUGAAGGUCGCUACGUGUGGCCAGUACCUGACAUGCCAGGAGUGCCUCGCAGCAGACGAUGCCCACUGUGGAUGGUGUACCCUGGAGAGCAGGUGUUCCCUGCAGCAGGACUGUGUGAAUUCCAGCGAGCCGUUGUUCUGGACCAGCCUGAGCUCUGGUGUUCAGCUGUGCCCCAGCAUGAGUAUUGUACCAUCGGAAAUCGAUGCAGCCAGCGUGGCCCAGCAGAACAUCGGAAUCACCAUCCAUGGGAAUGUGCCCCAGCUGAUUGGGAGAGACGUCUAUUGUGUUUAUGGGGAUGAGGAGAAGACCCCAGUCACUGUCUAUGAAAAUAACUCCGGCCAAUCCCAGUUAGUUCACUGUCCUUUCCUGAAGAAGGAUAAAUACUCCAUGUUCUUGGUGGACAAAGAUCAUGCUCUGUUGACGGUCUCAAUUGAGGUGUUGAAUCGAGCGAUCAUGUGGGGAAAUUUAACCAUCUACAAUUGUGAGAAAACGGGACAGGUUUACCCCAAAACAGCGUGCAGAAGUUGUCUACAGACUAAAUGGGCCUGUUCCUGGUGUGUGACUGAGCACCGAUGUGUGUCAGACAGAGCGCACUGUCAUGGGCUGUCACUAGGUGCAUUGCCUGAGAACUCCAGCCAGUGCCCACAGGUCAUACCAACAUACAUCGACCCCAUGCCAACAGGAGGAACACUGGACAUUUCAGUCUCCCUGGUCAACAGUCAGUUGCUGAAGGAUACCUACCUACAGUGUGAGAUUGGUCACCAGCAAUACCGAGCACGUUGGCUCAACAGCUCCCAGGUGGUCUGUGAGGAUGUCACGCUGUUCACAUCGAACAGGAGCCGUUUGUUUCCAGUGCAGCUGAGGCUGAGCGGGGACCACAGAUUUAUCGACAAUCCGAGCACCACCUCAGUGGAGGUUUAUAACUGUGAGGUUGGGAGAUCUGACUGCUCUGCUUGCUGGGGUCGGGUUGACUGGGGUCACAAGUGUGCCUGGUGUAUGAGCACGAAGAGCUGUAAACUGCGUUCUGAGUGUGGAAUGAUCGAGGCGACCUGCCCUGCUCCUAAGAUUCUGCAGAUAGAGCCACUGACUGGUCCUGUAGAUGGAGGAACCCUCCUCACGAUACGAGGCCAGAACCUGGGCCGUAGGUUCAGCGACAUUGAGAGCGGCGUAUGCAUUGGUGAAGUGGCAUGUGUGCCUGUGCAGGACAGCUACAUCGUCUCUGAGCAGAUUGUGUGCAGCACUAAUGGAGCGAAUCAAGUAUUUACAGACUCUGUGACAGUGAAGGUCCACAAGGAAGGUCACUCCAGCCAGAAAUUCUCAUUCCUGCUUCCCGAGAUUGGCACACUCUAUCCAGAUCAAGGACCCAAAGCUGGGGGCACCAGGAUUACCAUCAAUGGCACCAACCUACACAUCGGCUCUGCCCUGAGGGUCCUUGUCAAUGGCUCGAAGGAUUGUACAAGUUUAAAGCGGACGGGGAGGUCGAUUGUCUGCGUCAUGCCACCGUUUCAUGUCACUGAGCCUGCUGUUCCGAUAUGUGUCCAGUUUGAGAAGAAACAUUGCCUCGGGAAGAACAUGACCUUCUGGUAUCGGGAAAACCCGCUGAUCGAAGGCAUCAGUCCCAAUACCAGCUACGCCAGUGGUGGAAGGCGUAUCACAGUGACUGGACAGAGAUUCCACUUAGCGCAGAGCAUCCUCAUGGUGAUCGAAGACGGUGGGAAAGCCCAGUCAGUCUGUAUCAUCGAGAGUGACUCCAUCUUAACCUGCCCGUCACCUCCAUAUCCAGUUUCCACAGUGAAUGUUCACUUUGAGGUUAAUGGGAUCCGCUAUAAAAAAGCAGCAAGUCUGGCUCGAGCCAGUGCAGCCUUUACACUGCACUAUUACAAUGACCCCCAUUUCUAUCGUAAAGAGAAACUGAUUAAACAUCAUAAAGGAGAGCCACUCACCCUGGUGAUUGAGAAAAUACAAGACAACUUGAACCUGGCCCCUGAAGAGUAUAAAGUGAUGAUUGGCUCCUUCCCCUGUGAUAUCUAUGUUGUAAAGGGAAAGAUUCAUUGUUCAGUGAAUGUCUCUUUGGAAUCCGACGAGAGGCAGUUACCAGUGUCGGUACACGUAGGGAAAUACAAUGAGACCAUUGCAAUGGUACAAUUGAGUGAGAGCGACUUUUCCAUCAUCAUGUCCAUUGUGGUGUGUGUCGUGUUGCUGCUGGCCUGUGCUAUUGCUCUGGUUGUUUUUUGUACAAAGAGCAGACGUGCAGAGCGAUAUCGGCAGAAGACCCUGCUCCAGAUGGAGGAGAUGGAAGCUCAGAUCAGGGAGGAGAUCCGAAAAGGUUUUGCCGAGUUACAGACCGAUAUGACGGAUCUGACAAAGGAGUUAAACCGCAGUCAGGGAAUCCCGUUCCUUGAGUACAGAUACUUUGUCAUCCGUACUUUCUUCCCGAAGUGCUCCAUUGACAGUGAAAGCCAGAGCCCAGAGCGUUUCCACCAGUUGACCACCCAGUCCCGCAUAGCUGCCAUUUCCCGGAGCCCUCCAGAGACCCACCCCCUGCUGCAGCCUGAUUGGAAGGUUCCGGAAAACUGUCGUCAGAACAUGGAGGAGGGGAUCAGCCUGUUCUCGUGUCUCCUCAACAACAAACACUUCCUCAUCAGCUUUGUCCAUGCCCUUGAACAGCAAAAGGAUUUUGCUGUACGGGACAGGUGUAAUCUGGCCUCUUUACUGACCAUCGCACUGCACGGGAAGCUGGAAUACUACACCAGCAUCAUGAAGGAGCUGCUGGUGGACCUCAUCGAUGCCUCAGCCUCCAAGAACCCCAAGCUGAUGCUGCGGCGGACAGAGUCGGUGGUGGAAAAGAUGCUGACCAACUGGAUGUCCAUCUGUAUGUACAGCUUCCUCAAGGACACUGUUGGAGAGCCUUUCUUCUUAUUACUGUGUGCCAUGAAGCAUCAAAUUAAUAAAGGUUCCGUGGACGCCAUUACAGGAAAAGCUCGGUACACCCUGAAUGAAGAGUGGCUCCUCAGAGAAAACAUUGAAGCAAGACCAAUGAAUCUCAACGUCUCAUUCCAAGGCUGUGGAAUGGACUCCACCACAGUUCGUGUCAUGGACAGUGACUCCAUCAGCCAAGUCAAGGAGAAGAUUCUGGAAGGAUUUUACAAAAAUGUACCUUUCUCUCAGUGGCCCAGAGUAGAGGAUGUGGAUCUGGAGUGGUUUGCAUCAAGUAGCGACAGCAGGAUCCUGCGGGACCUGGACAACACUUCAGUGAUGGAGGACGGCCGAAAGAAGCUCAACACCCUGGCCCAUUGCAAGGUCCCUGAUGGAGCCUCCCUGGCCAUGAGCUUAAAGGACAAGUGGGAUGGUACACUCGGACGAGUGAAGGACUUGGACACUGAAAAAUACUUCCACUUGGUCCUUCCAAAUGACGAACUUAUCGAAACCAAGAAAUCUCACAAGCACAGUCACCGCAAGAAGGUUUUACCGGAGAUCUACCUGACAAGACUGCUCUCCACCAAGGGCACGCUGCAGAAGUUCCUGGAUGAUUUGUUCCGGGCGGUGCUCAGUAUCCAUGCAGUGAAGCCUCUGUUUGCGGUGAAACAUUUCUUUGAUUUUCUGGAAGAGCAGGCUGAGAAACGAGGCACCACAGACCCAGACACCCUGCACAUCUGGAAAACCAACAGCUUGCCACUGCGUUUUUGGGUGAACAUCCUGAAGAACCCACAGUUUGUUUUCGAUGUGGAGAAGACUGACCAUAUGGAUGCCUGUCUGUCUGUCAUAGCCCAGGCAUUCAUUGAUGCCUGCUCCAUUUCUGACCUGCAGCUGGGCAAGGAUUCACCAACAAAUAAACUCUUAUACGCAAAGGAAAUCCCAGAAUACAAGAAAGCUGUGCAGAGAUAUUACCGAGAGAUCCAGGAAAUGAUCACACUGAGUGAACAGGAAAUGAAUGCUCACCUGGCAGAGGAGUCUCGGAAACACCAGAAUGACUGUCAACAUUAG